AUGUUCGACGGGCUGGAAGACAAAUACAUAGGCCUCGCAUUGGCCGUGACCUCGACGCUCGCCAUCGGAACCAGUUUCGUGAUUACGAAAAAGGGUCUGAACGAUGCGGCGGACAAACAUGGGUUUGAAGGAGAAGGAUUCGCAUAUCUAAAGACGCCUUUGUGGUGGGCAGGGAUAGCCUCGCUGGUGGUGGGCGAGGUCGCCAACUUUGCUGCAUAUGCCUUUGCCCCGGCUAUCUUGGUGACUCCCUUGGGCGCGCUCAGUGUGCUCAUUGGAGCCGUGUUGGGCGCAUACUUUCUGGGUGAAGAGCUGGGAGUUCUGGGGAAAAUGGGAUGUGCCAUCUGUCUGCUGGGGUCGGUGAUUAUUGUUCUGCAUGCACCUCCUGACAAGGAGAUUGAGACGGUGGAUGAAAUCCUGGCGUUUGCCAUUAAACCAGCGUUUAUAUUUUAUUGUCUCGCGGCCAUUGUGUUCUCGACGGUCAUGAUAUACAAGGUGGCGCCCAUCUACGGCAAGAGGAACCCCAUGGUAUACAUUUCGAUCUGUUCGACCGUGGGCUCGAUCUCGGUCAUGUCGGUCAAGGCUUUCGGCAUUGCGCUGAAACUGACUUUCAACGGGAACAACCAGUUCAGUCAUCCGUCCACCUAUGUGUUUAUGAUUGUCACCAUUGUCUGCAUUCUCACGCAGAUGAACUACUUCAACAAGGCCCUGAGUCAGUUCUCCACGUCCAUCGUCAAUCCUCUGUACUAUGUCACCUUUACCACGGCCACGUUAUGCGCGUCCUUUAUUUUGUUCCAAGGCUUCAAUACCACGGAUGCCGUCAACACGAUUUCUCUCCUGUGUGGCUUUUUGAUCAUCUUUGCCGGCGUGUACCUUCUCAACUUGUCUCGGGGCGAUCCCGAUGGCCACCGACUGCUCAAUGGGAAAAUACCCGAUGAGGAUGGAAUCCCCACCGACGGGAUUACGGGGCUGCAGACACGGCGGAGUAUGCAAGCGAGGAGAAGCCUUGAUCCGCACCGCCGAAGUAGCAGCCUCACGUUCAGCCCGGGCGGACCGAGAACCGCGAGCGCUGAGAGUACGGGGUUGAUGCAUAACUAUGACGUGGAGCACAAUGCAUUUGGGUUGAGCGAUCUGGUGGAAGAUCCAGACGAGGUGGGAAGAGCCAGUCCGAGUCACGGUCCCGGAGGCGAGCAGGUGACGAGACUGUACGACCAACCGCCGCAGAAGGGCAAUGACCGAUGA